CAUCCCUAAUUGUGGAUUCUUGUAGAAGCAACUAACAAAAAAAAAAAAUGAGUGUUUUGUUAGUAUUAUGAGUGCAAAGACAGAAUCCGAGGAAACGAAAGUUGUGAAUGUUAUGGUUAGACGAAUAACUGUGUGAGUUUAUGAUGAAGUUGUCGAAAAUUGAGAGGUUGCCUGUGGAAAUAUGUAUGAAGAUAUUCGGUCUCUUAGAUUACUGCCAUCUUGCUGUUGCUCAACAAGGAUCUAGCCAUCUUUCUUUGUUGCGGAGGAAUUCAAGUACAGAACUGGAGCAGUUGUUCUCUUUGCAAUUUGAGGGGUUAUAUUUAAAGCCAAAAGAUUACAGAGGUCUACUGACAUAUGCAAAGGUGCUAAUCUCACCACAGGCUUCAUUCGUUGCUACUCUGGAUUUGACAGGGUGCUUGCAUAUUUUUAAGCUGGACAAAGAAGGCCUCACACUCUCCCGGUUUGUCUUGGGAGAGAGAGAUGGUUCAGCAAUGUCUGGUGAUUUAUCGAAUGGAGUGAACAAAUCUUGUGUGGAUUUUAUGGAUUUUACUUGGUGGUGUGACCAUAUCCUUGCCAUUGUAAACAGGAGUGGUGUGGUUAUGUUGAUUGACAUCCUUAAUGGUUCUACAGUUCCAGCAGAGGAUCAUGCAUAUUUUUUACCUGUUUUGGAAAGAGCACUGAAAUAUAAGGGCUGUGUUUUUCUUUUAGCAAGUCAAUCAUUGAAAGAAGGAGGUGAUGCUUCGCAUGAUGGGUCAACGGAAGAGUUGCAUCAGACAGAUUGGAUAAUUACCGAUAGGCUUAAUCAAUUUCAUCUUUCUAGAUUGUUCUGGCACCUUGUUUCAUUUACUGAGAAGUCUGUCCCUGAAAUGUAUAGUAUACUGAUUAACAAGAAAAAAUAUCAGGCUGCUCUGGAUUUUGCUGAUAGUCAUGGAUUGGAUAAAGAAAAAGUUCUGAAGUCACAGUGGUUGAAUUCUAGCCAUGGAGUAAAUGAAAUAAAGAACAUUUUAUCGAAUAUCAAGGAUAAAAAUUUUGUACUUUCUGAAUGUGUUGAUAGAAUUGGAGUGACAGAAGAUGCUGUGAAGGCUUUGCUAGAUUAUGGUCUACGCAUCACUGACCAUCAUAAAUUCUCAGUAGUAGAUGAUGAUAAUUCUAGUAAAGUAUGGAAUCUUCGCCUUGCCAGACUUAAAAUCUUACAAUUUAGAGACAGGCUGGAAACAUACCUUGGAAUAAACAUGGGCAGGUUUUCUGUGCAGGAAUAUAGCAAAUUCCGCAUUAUGCCUAUUAAUGAGGCUGCCAUAUCACUUGCUGAGAGUGGAAAAAUUGGAGCACUAAACUUGCUCUUCAAGCGUCAUCCAUAUUCUUUGUCUCUAUUUAUGUUGGAAAUUUUAGCUGCCAUCCCAGAAACUGUUCCGGUACAAAUGUAUGGGCAGCUUCUUCCUGGGAGAUCUCCCCCGUCUGGUUUUGCCGUGAGGCAAGAUGAUUGGGUUGAAUGUGAGAAGAUGGUUCACUUCAUUAAUGCAUCAGUUAAAAACCAUGACAUUCUAAUACAAGUCAAAACUGAACCUUUUGUUAAGCAUUUCCAUGGAUUUCCUUGGCCAUCAAUUGAUGAGCUCUCAAACUGGUAUACGAAUAGAGCUAGAGCAAUGGAUGAUUUUAGUGGACAGCUGGAUAAUUGCCUCAGCCUGCUUGAAUUUGCUCUUCGCAAAGGCCUAUCUGAAUUACAAUCGUUCCAUCAGGAUGUGUUAUACUUGAAUCAAAUUGUUUACUCCAAUGAUGAUGAUAGUGAAAUGGGCUUCAGCAUGAAUCUUGCCAAGUGGGUAGAAUUGUCAGACUAUGAAAAAUUUAAAUUUUUGCUUAAGGGAGUGAAAGAGGAAAAUGUAACCGAAAGGUUACACAGUAGAGCCAUUCCAUUUCUGCGUGAAAAGUUUCACAAGGUAUCCUUACUCGGAGAUGUCAUUGUUUCUGAUUGUACAAAUCGAAAUAUGGAGGAAUCAUUUUUAGUCAGAUGGUUGAAGGACACUUCUGAAGAGAAUAAAUUGGAUAUAUGCUUGGUGGUAAUUGAAGAAGGGUGCAGAAACUUCCAAAGUAAUGACUAUUUCAAAACUGAGGCUGAAGCUGUUGAUUGUGCUUUGCAAUGCAUAUACUUGUCUACAGUUACAGAUAAGUGGAGUAUUAUGGCUGCUAUACUAUCUAAAGUUUCUCAACUACAUGAUGGUGCAUUUCAAGUAGAGGACCUUGAGAGAAGACUUAAAACUGCUGAAGGUCACAUUGAAGCAGGGAGGCUUUUGGCAUUUUACCAGGUCCCAAAGCCAUUAAACUUUUUCCUAGGUGCUCAGUUGGAUGAAAAGGGUGUAAAACAGAUUAUACGUCUUAUUCUUUCUAAAUUUAUUCGUCGUCAGCCAAGCCGGUCCGAUAGUGAAUGGGCCAGCAUGUGGCGUGAUAUGCAAUACUUGAGGGAAAAGGCAUUUCCUUUCCUGGACCCAGAGUAUAUUUUGACUGAAUUUUGCAGAGGACUGCUCAAAGCUGGGAAGUUUUCUCUUGCAAGAAAUUACUUGAAGGGUACAAGUUCAGUUGCUUUGGCUUCUGAGAAGGCUGAAAACCUUGUCAUUCAAGCAGCUAGGGAGUACUUCUUCUCAGCUUCAAGCCUUUCUUGCUCUGAAAUCUGGAAGGCCAGAGAAUGUCUUAAUCUAUAUCCAAGUAGUGGAAAUGUAAAGGCAGAGGCAGAUAUUAUUGAUGCACUUACUGCUAAACUUCCAAACCUUGGAGUGAAUAUUCUGCCCAUGCAAUUCAGGCAAAUAAAAGAUCCUAUGGAAAUUAUAAAAAUGGCAAUCACAAAUCAAAGUGGAGCAUAUUUUCAUGUUGAUGAACUUAUUGAGGUUGCCAGACUUCUUGGCUUGAGGUCCGCUGAUGACAUAUCAACUGUUGAGGAAGCUAUUGCUCGAGAAGCUGCAGUUUCUGGUGAUUUACAGCUGGCAUUUGAUCUUUGUCUUGGUUUGGCCAGAAAAGGACAUGGUACCAUAUGGGAUUUAUGUGCUGCAAUUGCAAGAGGCCCUGCCCUUGAUAAUAUGGAUGUGGAUUCUCGAAAGCAGCUAUUAGGGUUUGCUUUAAGCCACUGUGAUGAGGAAUCUAUUGGUGAGCUUCUCCACGCAUGGAAGGAUCUAGAUAUGCAGGGCCAGUGUGAAAUAUUGAUGACAUCAACAGAGACAAAUCCUUCCAAAUUUUCAGUAAAAGGCUCAUCUUUAAACUCCCUUCCAAAUCAAAGUUUUCAAAAUUUACUAGAUGUUAAUGGUUGUUUUCAGGAGUUUGAUGGUAUUGGUGCUGACAAUCAAGAUGUUCAUCUUCAGAAAGCUAGAGACGUGCUUUCCAUCGUUGCGAAAACCUUGGCUAUUGGCGAUCGAGUUGAUUGGGCAUCAAUCUUGACUGAAAAUGGGAAAGUUCUGUCUUUCGCUGCUUCACAGCUCCCUUGGUUGAUUGAAUUAAGUAAGAAAGGAGAGCAUCAGAGGAAACUCAGUACUGGAAAGCAAUAUCUAAAUAUCAGAACACAAGCUGUGGUAACCAUUUUGUGCUGGUUGGCAAGAAAUGGAUUUGCCCCAAGAGACAAUCUGAUUGCCUCUCUAGCAGAAUCAAUUAUGGAGCCACCAGUCACCGAAGAGGAAGAUAUAAUGGGUUGCUCCUAUCUUUUGAAUCUUGUGGAUGCCUUCAAUGGGGUAGAAAUUAUAGAAGAACAACUCAAAAUAAGAAAAGACUAUCAAGAAAUUUGUAGUAUCAUGAGUGUUGGGAUGGCAUACAGCUUACUACAUAACUCUGGACUAAAGACUGACCCUUCUCAACGGAGGGAGCUGUUGAAGAGGAGGUUUAAGGAAAAGCAUGCAUCACCCAGUUCUGACGAUAUGGAUAAACUUGGCAAAGUACAAUCCUCAUUUUGGAGAGAGUGGAAAUUGAAGUUAGAAGAACAAAAACGUCUCACUGAACAUUCCAGAGCACUAGAAAAAAUAAUUCCUGGGGUUGAGACAGAGCGCUUUUUGUCCAGGGAUUCCAUUUAUAUUGUGAAUGUUGUUAUCUCUCUCAUUGAGUCAGUAAAGCUAGAAAGAAAGCACAUUUUGAAGGACAUUUUAAAACUGGUUGACACUUAUGACUUGAACUGAACCGAGGUGCUACUGCGUUACCUAAGUGCUGUCCUUGUUUCUGAUACUUGGAGCAAUGAUGAUAUUACAGCUGAAGAUGCAGGCUAUAAAGGGGAAUCAGUGUUGCCCCUUAGGCUAUCUCGCAUUUUUCACUGAUAAAUUCUAUGCUUGAUAUAAAUUUUUCUUAAACAUUUAUGGCAUGGCAUACUAUAUAGAGAUUCGUUUGCUCUAGCCAAAUCGUGUGUUAUUUUUAAUAGCUUGAUACAUUGUUUACAAAAAU